AUGGCGGUCCAUUUAAGGUCUGCUAUCGAACUGUUGAUACUUUUUGUCGUAUGUCAAGUAUCCAGCGCUGUAUUACCCUCUUACAUUGGUAACAGGUUGAUCGGAGUUGUGGAGAGGACCGACCUCAUUAAACACUACUUUAGCCUUGGUCUUCAGUACUCCGAGAUAUUGGCUUUUCUGCUCUCUUUUCAUGGAAUUCAACUGAGCUUGCGUCAGCUCAGACGAAUUUUGAGACGUGAGGGUCUACGUAGAAGGAAAGACCACAGUGAUAUCGAACAAGUUAUUAAUGCCAUAGAAACUGAACUUGAGGGAAGUCGAAAUCGAAUUGGAUACCGUCAAAUGCACCAGCGAUUGAGGAACGACUACGGUCUCGUUGUCCAAAAGGAGAUCGUUCGAGAAAUAAUCAAAGAAUUGGACCCUGUUGGAGUACAAGCACGAUCGUCAAAGAGAUUGAGGAGAAGAGAAUACCGUGCAAAAGGACCUAACUAUAUUUGGCACAUAGACGGCUAUGAUAAACUUAAACCGUUUGGGUUUUGUAUACAUGGAGGCAUAGAUGGUUAUAGCAGACGGAUUCUUUGGUUAGAAGUUGGUUGCACAAACAACAAUCCAAAAAUAAUUGCCAAUUAUUUUACUGACUGUGUUCGCCAAAUAGGUGGAGUUCCGAGGAUAGUGCGAGCCGAUGCGGGAACAGAAAAUAUAUCUGUGGCAGGUAUACAACGAUUUCUGCGGUCAGGAACUGAAGAUGCAUUCUCUGGAGAAAAAAGUUUCCUUUACGGAAGGUCGGUAAGCAAUCAGAGAAUAGAGGCUUGGUGGUCAUUUCUGAAGAAAAGUAACGCUAGCUGGUGGAUCGAUUUUUUUAAGGACAUGAGAGAUGAAGGUGUGUUCUGCGACCAUGACCCAAUUCACGUUGAUUGCUUGAGAUUUUGUUUUAUGCCCCUAAUACAACAGGAGCUUCACACAGUAGCAAAACAAUGGAACCUGCACAAUAUUAGACCUUCCCACAAUGUAGAAUCUCCUUCUGGCCGACCAGAUAUACUCUAUUUCGUGCCAUCAUGGACAGAUACAAGGGAUUACAUGACAGAGGUCGAUCUUGAUGAUAUUGACAUGAUUGAAGAUGUAUGCUGUGACAGAACAAGCCCAACUCAUUGCUCAGACGAGUGUAGAGAAUUAGUGGACAUAAUAAUGCAAGAGCAACAUUUACAAAUUCCUACAAAUGCUCAAGAAGCACGUGACCUUUUUGUGGAUCUUGUUUACCAUAUUGAAAAUACU